UGAUUGUCCUCUGGUUUAACUGCAUUACUCACCAAAUAAUUAAUAUAUAAUGGGCCAUACAGUAUAUUAAAAUCGACCACUGAGGAUCAAUAAAACGAAUGUGACUCGAUUGUGUUGUAGAUAAAUUGACCCCUACCGCAGGAAUACAGAAAAUGUGGCGUUUCCACCACCUGUUACUCAUUAGGAUCAAGACAACACCCCCAGACUAACCUGAGCAGGGGAGACACACUGACAUUUGACUUGACCUGAAAGUCAAACAAAUGUCCUGCACUUCGAAGCGGUUCUGGUGUUCUUGGACGGCCUGGGGGGAGCGGGGACGGAGAAGAAGAGGGGCCAGUCUCAGAUGAGCCUCAUCCCCCCACUCCCUGCUCCACCCCUCCCUGGCUCGCGGCAGGGGAGUGCUGUGCGCGUGUGUGUGCGUAUGUGUGCGUGUGUGCGCGUGUGUGUGUGUGCGUGUGUGUGCGUGUGUGUGGAGGCUUUCCCCAUGCCGGCCCCCACCCGCGUCGGGCGGCAGCGCGCAUUGCCGACACGGCAUGCGGCGCGCGCACACCGGGGCUAGCGCAUGCGACACGGGAAACCAUCCAAGUGUUUCGCAACAACCGCACGCACUUAUAGGGCUGCUCUCCUCUCUCAGCAUGCAUUUGGCCCCAUGCUCUGACAGUAUAUAUGUCCAGCUGACAGCAGCAGCAGCAGCAUCAGCAGGAGAACGGGUACACGCUCUAUGCCCAGUACAAUUAACCAGUGCAGCCAACUGUGCACAUCACGCACCGCCGUACAGAGUGCACGCAGCCUCGCGGAGAGACGACGCUUCGUGCAGAGCACGCAGGCAGACAUGCGGGCGGUGAGCAUCCACGUGUGCGCGGCGGGACUGCCCCUGGGGCUGCUGCUGCUACUGCCACUGGCCACCACGUUGGCCGAGGGAUCUCCCGUGGCAGCGCCAUCCCACCCGGCCAGGUUUUGGUUGGCACGCGAAACGCACGCGAGGCACCACGAGGGCGACCGGAGCAAGGCGAGCGGCGAGGCGCGCCACAGGAAGGCGGAGUGCGCCGCCUGCGCCACGGCGUCGCUGCACCUCUCCGACUCGGAGCAAGGGGAGCAGCUCCUCGUGGAGGCCGUGAAGCGCCACAUCCUGGACAAGCUGGGGCUCAAGGAGCGGCCCAACAUCACGCACCCCGUGCCGCGCUCCGCGCUGCUCGCCGCGCUCAACGGGCUGCGCUUGCAGGAGGAGUACUGGGACGAGCGGCACAACGAGGGCGAGAGGGCGGCGCACGACUCCUCGGAGAUCAUCAGCUUCGCAGAGUUCGACGGCGGCCACUCAUCGGAGAUCCACUUCGCGUUCUCCAAGUCGGGCGAGCAGAGGUCGCCUGUGCUGCGCGCAGACCUGUGGCUCUACGUGCACGCGGGCGGCAGCGGCAACGGCACCGUGACCUUCCACGUGCGGGAGCGCCACCACGGUGCCGGCACGGCCGCCGUGCAUCGUCGCGUGGCGGUCGCCAGCCGGAGUCACUGGACCACCUUCCCGCUCACGAAGGCCGUGCAGGCGGCGCUGUCCCGGGGCGACGCGGGUCUGAGCGUACGCGUGACGUGCGACGGCUGCGAGGGGGCCGGCGGGGUGAGGGCCACCCUGGGUCCGCGGUGGGGCGACUCACCGGACUCGGACUACCGGCCCUUCCUGUUGCUGCACAUGGGCUCGGACAUGGCACACCGCGUGAGCAGGCGGGACCUGCAGUGCGACGACCGCUCCGACCUCUGCUGCCUGCACCGCUUCUUCGUGGACUUCCACAAGAUCGGCUGGAACGACUGGAUCAUCCAGCCGAGCGGCUACCAGAGCAACUUCUGCCUGGGCAAGUGUCCGCUCUACAUGGCCGGGACGCCCGGGGCAUCCGCGUCCUUCCACAACGCCAUCAUCAACCAGUACAGGCUGCGCGGAGUGGAGCCCAUGGCCUCCAAGAACCCGUGUUGCGUACCCACUCGCCUCACCUCCAUGUCGAUGCUGUACCUGGACAAGCAGAAUAACAUCAUCAAGAAGGACGUGCCCGACAUGGUGGUGGAAGAAUGCGGCUGCGCGUAGCGGCGCUGACUAUUUUUUUUUGUUUGUUUGACGCGAGAGACUGCGACGCCGCUGUGGGCGCGUGGAGAGCGAAGAGGCGGCGGCGGCGGCGGCUUCAUUUACGUUGUGUGGGGCACCCACGGCAGUGAGCCCCAUGGAUGGGACCUCACAACAGGGACCCCCACUCCUAGGACCCUACGGGUGGGACCUGAUGGGUGGAACCCGGCACUGCACCUGGAUUGUGCUCUGAACGAGGGGUUUUUUUUGGCUGCGUGCAUCACCGGCUGCUUUAAAGGAAGGACGCUAACUUGUAAAGCAAGCGGCUCUUAUUUUGUAGACGCAAGUGCACACCUAGGCUGCAUGCCGCGAAUCCCCAGCGCAAGUACAACGUUUCGUUCGCGGAAAUAAAUUCCUUCGAAGUGACUUCCGGCAGCACAUUCACAGCACUCGAGCGAUUUCGCCCAAGUGAUGUUGGGGUAAUCAAACGUAUAGAAUUCACUACACGAGAAGAGCACUCUGUAAACGUUACUAUAAGUUAUGUUUUGAUCAUCGAUAUAGUUGCAGGCCACCGUCGAAUAGCCAGCGACUCGUAGCCUUGGGCCAGCCGUUCGACAAAUCCAAGGGCUGUGUUGGUUGGGUUGUGUUGUCUGUUAAGGCUGAGCCACAUUCGAGCUGAUAACACUUGAAAGCAUUUGCAACAUUUAGCACCGAUGAAAAUGUUGAAUAUUGUAGAUGGUUGAUUUUUUUUGUAACUUAUGCAUUUUUCCCUCAAAUAACUUAGUUGUACCGUUAUAGCAGGCCGUAUUUAAAAGAGAGAGUGUUUGGGUUCAUUGAAAAUGAACAUUUCGCUACUUUGUAUUUCUUGCUAAGUAUAUAUUACAAUCUUCAAAUGCGUAAGUACAAGAUUGGUUUUAUAUAACUAUAUAUAAUAACUUUGUUAAUAACGUUGACACCAUGGCACUUGUGUGAAUGUGUAAGACAUCUUACCACAUGCUCAUACCACUGUGCGUGAUGACAGCAAGCCCGCCUACACAAUGCAAGUUUGUUAUUUUGCUUUUGUGGGCAUUUUACACUUAAGAGUCUAUACUUGAUAACGUGUAUCGCACAAUAUUUUAAUAAAAAAAGAGAA